GCUUGUCAUUUCGCUCAAUCAAGCGUUUCGUGGUUCUUUGUCGUUACCGUUCUCCCUUCCCGUGCCCGUCGUUAUUUCUCCACCCAACACUCCAGUUGAUCUUCCUCAACCCUCUCCUUCUUCGUUUUCGCCGCCGGGGAUCUGAGUCGGAGAGAGAGGGAGUUUAAGUAUUGAGGAGAUGGGUGUAAGCCAAGCUACAAAGAUUGCACUGGCUGUUUCUUUUUUUGGAAUAUUGUCUUUCAUUUUUGGUGUAAUUGCGGAAAAUAAAAAGCCAGCUUCUGGAACUCCAAUUCAAGGGAAGGGUGUGGUCAUCUGCAAGUUUCCGAAUGAUCCAACAAUCGGUUUGGGAAGUUUAUCGGUUGUGACUCUCUUUUUAGCUGCUUUAGCAGGGCAUGUUGCUGUCUAUUUUCCAUACAAAGGAAAGACAGUUCCAGUUCAAGCUUUAUCGCGGAGUGUUUCACUGGUUAUAUUCUUCAUUAUUGCAGAAGUUGUCUCGGGUGUGGCACUUGGGAUGAUGUUGUGGGCUACUAUCACAGAAGGCCUUCACCGUUCGCGCAAUGUCCACUAUAAUCUCGAUACAGAGUGUUUGACUGCCAAGACUGGCCUAUUUGGUGGAGCAGCAUUCCUUGCCCUUGAUGCCUCCCUCAUUUGGCUUGUGUGCCAGAUUCUGACACUAAAUGCAAGAGCUGAUUAUUUGGAGGAGGAUGACUCGAAGGGAGAAUAUGGGCAGGUUUACGUGACCGAGAUGGAGACCAAUGGUGCUGCACAUCCAGCACCUUAGUUAA